GUGUGAACUUCAUUCAUGCUUGAAUUGAUCGAAUGAUAUAAGUUAUAAACAACAAGUUAAAUUACACGUUUGAAUAUAAAUCUAGUUUAGUUUAAAAACAACACGAAGUGUGGUUUUAAUGAAUGUAACAUAAGUUUGUAAGAUAUGUUGAACAAAAUAACUGUUAAACCAUUUACUUAAAACAAAAGUAGAUAGUAACAUCCAAUAAAUUAGACACGUUAUAUCCACAAAUUUGUUUACCAAACGUCCAAAAUGGAUCAGAUGCUUCCCAGUCCUGGCGGUUUCAGUAUACCAAGCAUUGGUACUCCUGUGCAUCAACCAGAAGAAGAUCAACAAAUUUUGCCAAAUGCUUUACAACAGCAACAGUCGCAGCAAUAUCAGCUGCAACAAUUGCAUUCAAUGAGCCCCAACAUGCAGGGUAGCAUGCUUAUGAUAACAACACCGCAAAAGACAAUGCAUACAUAUGCUCCAACGCCAACACAAUUUGCUACACCCCAAAGUCUUAUGCAGCCACAAACACCGCAAAAUAUGAUGUCUCCCAUAAUACCACAAAAUAAUCAGAUAGCACCACCAUCAAUUGGACCUGCUACUCCAGGUCCAAUGACACCAAUGACACCAGCUUCAGCUGAUCCUGGAAUAUUACCACAGUUACAAAAUAUUGUGUCCACUGUGAACUUAAAUUGCAAGUUAGACUUGAAGAGAAUAGCACUUCACGCUAGAAAUGCAGAAUAUAAUCCAAAAAGAUUUGCAGCUGUGAUAAUGCGAAUUAGAGAGCCAAGGACUACUGCGUUAAUAUUUAGCAGUGGCAAAAUGGUCUGCACUGGUGCCAAGAGUGAAGGGGACUCCCGGCUUGCUGCACGGAAGUAUGCUAGAAUUAUCCAAAAAUUAGGCUUUCCCGCAAAGUUCCUAGAUUUUAAAAUCCAGAACAUGGUUGGCAGCUGUGAUGUUAAGUUCCCAAUUAGAUUAGAAGGAUUAGUGCUCUCUCACGGACAGUUCUCAUCAUACGAACCUGAGCUAUUUCCAGGUCUAAUAUACAGAAUGGUUAAACCUCGAAUUGUUUUACUCAUAUUUGUCUCAGGAAAAGUGGUAUUAACAGGUGCGAAAGUUCGCAAGGAAAUUUAUGAAGCCUUCGAUAACAUCUAUCCAAUUCUCAAGAGCUUUAAGAAACAGUGAUGUAGAUUUGUUAGUACACCGGACUUCUUCUUUUACAUAUUGCAGUGUCCUUAUUAGCAAUAGAAUCGCGGAGAGAGAAAGAGAAUGUGUACGAAUGCGUGUGUUAGUUUGUUUAAUACUAUUGUUACAUCGCACAAUUUUGUGUGCAUCGAUCUGAAAUUGAUUUUACAUUAAAAAUAUCCACAUAAUAAAAUAAUUAAUAAAUUUUUUUCUUACAUAAUAUUAUAUUCAGUAUUCUCUCUAACAAAAAAAAAUCACCUUCAGAUCGACUAAAAAAGAAGACUAUAGGUAAAAG